GGCCUAUAUAAUGUUUGAUAUCAUUAUACAUAUUACACAGGUAAACAGAGGUGUACUGUUUCUCCUACUAAACCCAACGACAUUCUAAUAGAAGAAGAGAGACCGCGGGAAAAUGAUGUCACUUCCUGUUUUGCGUAGUUUGAGGAUGGCGCCGAGCUGGUGGAAAUAUGCUUCAAGAUAUGUUUAAAUCGUUGUCUACAAGCAAAUAGAAUAUUCAUAUUUGAUCGCAAAUGGCAUUAUACGUGCCUGACAUCAUGGGUGUCGGAUCAUAAACUUCGCUUUACAGUGUUGGCUCAUCUAACAGUUUUAUACCGCCUGUUGUCACUAGCUUGCUACCAGAGAAACAGGAACACCUUGUGCUAUUGACUAUUUUAAAAGCUGAUUGAAAAAUGGAGGAUAAUUUAUUGGAUGAACUCUAUGGUGAUCUUGAUGACGAACCAUCUGGUACGUCUCAACAUCAUGAUGAGGACUCAAUGGACAUAUACUCUGGGCUGGAGAACAGCCCUAAUGGUAAUGGGCACAGAGGUAAAGUCAACCCUUUUCUUUCCCCACGGACAAUGGAAUCAAUGGAUAUUUAUGAAGAAAUCAUCAGAGAAGAACAAGAAGAAAAGGAGGCAACAUACAAUGAGUUGAAGCAAAAAUUUGAUGCUACACAAAACCAGGUUAAAGAACUGCUCUCAAAGUUACAGCUACUGCAGACAAAGAAUUCAAGUUUGAGCACUGAAAACACACUCCUGAAGAAGAACAUCUGUUCUCUUAUAAAGACAGCUAGAAUGGAGAUUGUGCGUAAGGAUGAGGAGAUCAGCAGACUCAGCAAUAGGUCCGGUCGAGGAAGUUAUGGUCAAAAUUUUCGCCGAUCUCAAAUGGAAAGUGGUCAGACAAAUUCAAGACACAGUUUGAACAAUGCCGCCAGUUCUGCUUCAGAAUCUCGAGAUUAUGGUCAAGACAAGGUUAUGAAGGAAGUAAAUCAGCACAAGAGAAACACUGUGCCAGGUCACUCUGCUUAUCCUGCAACAAUUUCAGCUGUAGCAACUGAACCUUUUGAGGUACUUCAAAGGUGCCGAAGAACUGAUCUUGAAAGUCAGAGUUGUCUUUGUCAGAAUAAAAACUCUGACAGUGAGCCUCUCACUAUUCAACCAGAGCAAGAGGUCAGACAUGUCCAUCCCAACAGAACAUCAGGGAGCAUAAUAGAUCACACCACGUCCACCAUGACUGAUGUUCCAAACUUUUACACACCAUAUAACUGUGGACUGAGAGUUGCAGAAACAAAUUCUGACAAUAGUUUUAGUAGAUUGGAGGUCAAUAAGAACUGUUCUUCAAAAUGGGUUGACAAGCUAGUGGAGCCUCAGAAACACAAAACCCGUGACAAAGAGCGUUACUUACUGGAGAUGGACACAUCGCAAAGAUCGCAGAGAAUAGUGGAUGGAAGCUCAAGCAAGUCGGGAUCAACUGAAAGACAGAUGACAAAAGAUAGCUCUGUUUCUAGUGAAAACAAGAAUCAGCAACCUGAGGUUACAGGCAUUCUUAGAAGUUCAGAAAGAUCUAAAAGCCCUUCCUCCCAGGUGCACAAAUCCUUGCCAUCUGAAGUUUCUUCCCAAUUGUCCAAAAGUUCAGUGAAGACAGCUGCAGAUGUGGAGACACAGGAUCAAGAGCACAUGCAUAAUCCAGUUCCAGACAGAACUAGCAGAGGAGCAAGACACUCUGGAUGGAGGAGUACAGCUUCUUCUGUGGUGGAUAAUGCUAGUCAAUCCCUAAAACACAAAAUGGAAAAAAGAGAUGCAAGUGGCCAUCAAAGGAGAGAGGAGAAAAGCCAACGGGAGAGUUCCAGUGCAGAGAGGAGGAGCACCAGAACUGAAAGAUGCAGAGAACAUGAACAAAAGAUGCAAAAAGAGAGGAAAAAACAUCAGGGUAACAGCAGCAGUAGAGAAAGGAGAAGCAAUAGGUCAGACAGCAGCAAAGAUUAUGAGCGAAGGAGUGCAAAGGAGGCAGAAAGUAAAAGUGAUGAUAAAAGAUGUAGAGAAGGGAGAUCUAGGAAACUAGUUGAUUCCUCAGAUAGCAGGCAAGCUAUUUCUUCUUUCAAAUGUGAUUCUCAAAGAAAGGAUGUUUGUAAGGGGAGAGCAUCAAGCAGUAUUGAGGAGUCAUUGUUAAAUAACAAAAAGUCUCAUAGCCAUGAUAAUUCUAGAAAGAUGGAAGAUACUGUAUGUCCUGUUAAAAAUGCAAGUACUGAAAAGGAUUAUGGUAGAGGAAAAGGUGUAGACAAGGACAGAGAACGAAAGAGAAGCAGUCGUGUGGAGCUUAUGGAUGGAAAAUCAAAAAAUUUAGUUCCUAUCAAAGGUGAUAGAAAGAACCCUUCUUCUGAAAAGCACAGUAUUGUCAGAGAAAGUCGACAUAGUAAGAAUGGUCAGGAUAAACAUCCAAAAUCUAUCAGUAGGGGUCCGUGCAAAACAACUGAGGAUAAUAGUUCAAACAGAAAACUGAGUUUCAUGGAAACACUGAACCUCACCUUAUCACCUCUUAAAAAGCAGAAACCGCCAUCUGAGCCUAUGGAACCAAUUGGAGCAACAUCUGAAGAUGGCUCCACUGAUGAUAGCAGAUUAUACGAUCUUGGAGAGGAAUUCUUUGUUAUAGAUGAGUUAAAGAACAGCCAGCAUAGUGUUGAGGAGAUGGAUGAGGAACCUGAGCUGACAAAUACAGAUGAACAGCAUGACCUUACCAGUUCUUGCAAACAAUCAGGACAAGUUGAUUAUCUCUUCACAGCUGUGGCCUCUGAAAAGCUAUCAGAAGAAGAAACCAAUAUGGAGGUACAGGAAGAGAAUGCCCCUGAGAGUCAUAAGGCUGUGGAUAAAGAACCAGCCAAUUUUACCACCUCAGAGAAGGAAAUAGACAAGGCAUUAGACUUCAUUGCCUCAGACAAAGAUUCCUUUUCAAAAUUAAACCUUGCAAGAGAAUCUCAAAGUAGCAUCUUUCAGAACUGCACAGAAGACUUUCUGGGAAUUAUAGAUAAUACUGUUGUCUCUAAUACUUUGCCUACUAAAACAUCAGAAUUGACAGUUUCUGAUAAUACUCCUGAUUCAAUACUAGUUGAUGAUCAUCAGCAAAAAGAUCCUUUGCCCUCUAAAACAUCAGAAUUGACAGUUUCUGAUAAUACUCCUGAUUCAAUACUAGUUGAUGAUUGUCAGCAAAAAGAUCCUUUCUCCACUGUGUCUGAGGAGAUUCCUCAGAUGAAAAUCCAAAGGAAUCCUCAGCCUAAGGCUCAGGAUUUACUCCCAGAACAAAACAGGAUUUGUCAAGAGGAUGUGUCCUCCUCUGGCAAGACAUGUUUUAUUCCUGAGAGUAAUAGUAUUCCUGAGAGUAAUUCUGGGAAUUUUGAAAGUUUUGUAACCAUGGAAGUUUCCUCUAGCACCUAUAGUGCCAAUCUUGAUUACCAAAGUAAAGUUAUUUGUGAUGUUGAAGUGGAUACUUCAACACAGGACAGUCAUAGAGCAAGUGAUACAUUUGAAAGUCUAAAAAGUGUUGAAAAAUCCCAGGCAUCUGAAAAUCUGAAAACAUCUGAAAAAAAGUUAAGGGAUCAGGACACUACAGCUCCAAGUUAUACCACUGUCAGAGAGGAGGCAACGUCUUCUGUGCAAGCUGGUUUCUCAGAGCCAGAUUCAACAGAAAAAGAGGAGCAGAUCUUGAAGCCAUCUAGCCCUGUUGUGUUUCUCCAUGAUGAAGACUCCAUGAUGCUUACCCUGAGGAACAUCAGAGCUAUUCCAGAACCCAUUAGCCCUCUCACAAGCCCAGUGCAUCAUGUGAAAAAAGUACAGCCUCAUCGUGCUGAGAACCAACCACAUGUCAAGAGUCUUAUCAAAGACCUCUCUAUUGCAACAUGUGGAAGUGAUAAAGAUGAAGUGAAUAUUGACAUGAACAAGGAGAAUGAGUCGCCUGACUCUUCUGUCACACCUACUUCCCAUAAAGGGACAAAAGGUGGCCUCUCAACUAGUGGAACAGUGGAAGAAGAGCUGGAGGAUGGUGAGAUAGUGAGUGAGAGUGAAGAUGAGGGACCUCUGUUCAUCCAGACUCCUCCGAAAGAAAAGGACAAAUCAACCUCAGGGACUCAACCAGGUCCCAGGCUAUCUGCAGGUGGAAAAAGAGUGUCCCAAAAGCAGUCUAAGGUCUCUGCAAAAUGUCCUGCACAAACAAAGAGCCCAAAUACUACUGCUUCUGAUGGCAGUUCCACCUCAAGUAAGAGACGCUUUAAAACUGUCAGCCCACCGUUAAAAGCAGCAGUCCAUACCUUAGAUGAAUUCAUGGACAUGUUAGCAACCAUUCGAGUUGAGUUGAGGAAAAAGUACAUGAAGCUUCACAAAAAUGUCACAAAGACUGCCUUCUGCUGUAUUGUGGAUAUGUCUCAUGCCUCUUUUACAGAAUUCAUCAAUGCUGUUGACUUAGACAAAUUGGGCUGUCAGGAUAAAGUCAUCAAAGUUAGACUUAAUAAGAUCAUAUCUUCUAUAUUAAACAAGGUCACCAAGAAUGGCAUUGUCAACCGUAUCUUUGAACAGAGAGCAGGAGAUCUCAAGCAGAAGUUGUGGAAAUUUGUGAAUGGGCAGUUUGAUUUCUUAUUCAAGGAAUUGAAGACCGCAAUCAAAAGUGGAUAUGAGCCAUCUGUGAAUGCAUGCUUAUCUGAAAAUAAAAGUAAAACUCUUAAGGGAAAAGAGGUAGAAAGUGAGGAGGUUGAAAAAGAGAUGUUUAGCACAUCUGUUCACAGCGCCAAGAAGGCAAAAGUUGACACUGGAAAUUGUGGCAAAGAGGCCCCUCCAAAUAAUCUUCUCCAUAGGGGCCUUGGUAGCAGGGGUAAAAACAUUAAAGCAAGCAUGACGGAAGACGAUCAGCUGGCAAAGGUGACAUCACACCAACAUUCCACUUUAUCCUCUGAAAAUUCUGGCCCUGAAAGUACCUCUGGAUCUGAGAAUAAAACCUCUUCCUAUGUCCAUCGUCUCUCCCAUAAUGGAUCGGUACAGGAAAGGUCAGACUUUGAAAUUCUCACAGAGCAGCAAACAUCAAGCUUAACCUUUAACUUGGUCUCUGACUCACAAAUGGGAGAGAUUUUCAAGUGUCUGUUGCAAGGGUCUGAUUUGCUUGAUCCCAGCGUUCCAGUAGGGGACAAUCAAAGCUGGCCAGUCAGUACCCCCCGAAAGCAAGGACUUCCAGGAGAGAGUUUGUUUGGGAUUAUGACCCCCAACAAAACAACCCCAUCUAAAUUCAUAACAUCCUGGUCUUCCUUUUCCCCUUACAAGUUUGCUUCUAAUGUCAAAAUGAUGGUAGACCCAGCAGUUCUCGAUGAGAACUGCUUGUUAGAAGUCCCAUCUAAUUCCGAACCAUGCCAGGUUCCUUCUCAAUCAUCCAUAAUCUCUCAGAGAUCCUUCACUAUUUUGGCAGAAGACCUAGCUGUGUCCCUUACUAUUCCCUCUCCUCUGAAGUCAGAUAGUCACUUGAGUUUCUUGCACCCUGGAACUGGUCAGCCACUGUCUGCCCCAAAUAGUGUCCUUAGUGCCCAUUAUAGUGAAGAUGCUCUUCUUGAUGGAGAAGAUGCCACAGAGCAGGACAUCCACCUUUCUCUGGACACGGACAACUCCAGUUGUGGGUCGAGUCCCAGCAGAACUUGGGAGGGCUCUGAUCCAUGCGGUUUCCAGUUCAAACCCAAUUUACCAAUGCAGGCUGUGGUAAUGGAGAGGUCAAAUGAUCAUUUCAUUGUACGAAUAAGACAUACAUCUACUAGCCCAAGCGAAUGUAAUCAAAAUGAAGGCAAAAGAGAGCCAGCAUUAGCUGAAGGCUUAGAAACAUCUUUGAAGCCUAACCUCUGUCUUACUACCCAUGAAGACGUAGGCCCUGCCUCUGGAGAGACCUCAGACAAAAGCCCAGCCACAACUGUGUCAUGUGACAUUUCAGAUAAUGGAGUAGAAGAUCAGCCUUCAAGCCGAAAAUCCCCAUCCGAAGGGGUUUGUGAUGACAAUUUGUUUGGUCUAUCCAGCAACAAUGCGCAAUAUUUUUCCAAAGAAGCAUGUGUUACUGUUCUUGAGGGAAGUAGUGCAGCAGAGCCUAAAACAACAGAGAAGGUGUCAGGAAAUGCAAGGAGCACCACUCGGAGCCAAAGUGCACCAGAGACUGAAACGGAGAGGGAGUCAAGGAAACGCAAGGGACAUUAUUCGGAGUCAAAGGCGAAGCAUUCCAGAAAUGAGAAAUCCCAAGAUAAACAUCACAUGUCCAAGCAUAAAAAGAGGUCAAAAUCACACAAAGAAAAAGGCUCAAAAACUGCAGUAACUUGGGUGUCCCCUAGCAGCCUGUCAGCUAAGAAUGUAAUAAAGAGGAAAGGGGAAGUGGUGGUGACCUGGACCAGGGAUGAAGACCGGGACAUUCUCAUUGAGCUUAAAAUGAAAGGUGCUUCACCCAAUACUUUUGCUGCUCUGUCAAAGAGGUUAAAGAAGUCAACAGGACAGAUUGAGGAGAGAUUCACCCAGUUGAUGAAGCUGUUUAAGAAGAAAGAGAAAAUGGAGAACUGAGAACCUAGUCAGACACUUUUCCUAAUGCAGAUACAGAGACUUCUAAGGAACAAACGUAACAGUAUCUUGUUUGGACAGUAACAAUUUGGACAUUAUCCCCCCCCCGGGUAACAUCUAUUUCAAUAUAUCAGAUAAAUUACAUCGCAGACAUGGGCUUUGGUCCUACAUUUCUUAAUUAUUAACUGAUACAUCAAGUCAAAGCAUAUAAAUUGAUUGUAGUGUUUUUAGUUCAUAAAACCUUGUAUGAUGCCAUACCAUUUUCAUCUAGUAUAUUUUGGUAAGUUUGUGAUUGCACAUAGUACUACAGUUGCUGUUUUUGGUGGUGCUGAAAAUUUGUAUUCAGUGAAAUUAUCAGCAAAAAAAAUUAUUUGAAGAACAUCGUUAACUUGUAUUACAAGUUUUGCAAUGUUCACAAUGCCUUUUUUAAGGCCUUCCUCUGAAGAAUACAACAUCUUUUAAAAUGUUGACCUAAAUGGUUCUAAAAAAUAUAUGGUUUUAAAUCAUUUGUAAUGUAAAUGAGGUCGAUGUCAGAAUCAUGUCUCUGAAUGUCGAAACAGAAAACAAUACCAUCUGGCAGUGCCAUUUUCUUCAGUUCGUUGUUGUCAGAAUUUACAGUCUGUGUUCCGUCAGUCAUCCUGAGGGAUCCAAUUUGAUAUUCAUAUUGGUGACUUAUGAGUAACAUGUAUUUGUUGUUUUAUAGCAGAUGAAGGGAUUGUUCCCUUGUAUAUAUGUGUAAAGUUUAAUUAAACUGAAAGAUUUUGUUUUGACAAAUUACAACCUUUAAAUAUAUAUAUUUGUUUGUUUGUUUUUGCACAAUUUCACUGUUUCCCAAACUUUUUUUUCUUUUUUUUUUGUAAAUAUUUUGUAAUAAGUUCUGACAAACUUUUAAAAAAAUGUAAAAUAAAGUAUAUUUAUUUAAAGCAAGAAGUUCUUUUUGAGACAACAAUUUGCAGUAAGCCUGUUUAAUAUUUUUCUAAAUUGCAUUUACUUGCAAAAUCAUUCUCAAUUAUGUCUCUUUAUUUUUUUCAAUGUAUGAAUUGUAUUUUAUAAGAUAUAAAAUGUCAAACUGGAAACAAAUGAUACCAAGCCUUUUUUCAUAACUGCUUUUUCAUUCAAACGUUUUGCAAUUUCAUUAAACAAUCGGAUCCAUGAUGUCAGUACCCCUCAAGUGGAAUCCCACACAGAUGUCCAAACAAAAUAGUAGGUGAGGACAUGGACAAUGAACAUGUUCCACCAAGUUUGACAGCCAGGAAUUGUCCAAAUGGUUAAUUAGGUUCAUUUUAAACUAUACUAUUGUGUACUUAUUCAAAACCUUAUUUUGUGAAAUUAUUUGUUUGAAUAGUGUGCUAGUGCCAUCUUUCUUUAAACUGUCCACCUGUGA